AUACCAUACAGCAUGAGAUAUGUGAUUGCUCAGGUGAAUAUAUGCUUGCUUUUUAUUGCUUCAUAUCAAUGAUGAUUAUAUUUCAUUUCCAGUCGUGAAGGAUGAAGCUGGAGUGGUUCGAAUUAACCAACAAACUUUGAUGUUGAUACCAUGGCGACGACGGUGAUGAAGUUCCCGUUUCAACUUCUUUUGCAAGGUUAUUGAAAGUGCAGCUGACGUACAAAGGACGAAUAUCUCGAGUCACUCAGGUAUACCUAGUCAGUAUUAACCUCUUCAAAGACACGUUUUCAUUGCCAAGUAUCUGUCUAAGAAGCUUGUCGUCAAUCAUUUCCCAAACCACCCAGCCUCAAACGAGACCUUUACCCCUUAAAUCUAUAAACAACAACAACAACAGGAAACCUUAUUCCUCCACAACAUCUACAGCCCCCAAAAGUUCAUCCUUCCCCGUUCGGAUCUCAAGAUUCCCGUCUUCCUCAAACCUUCUACGCAUGAAAAAUCAUUAUUACAAGCUUAAAUAAUACUCUAUACAACAUAAGCCUUGUCCAUACAUUCGAUGUAUCAUGACCAUGUGAAUAUCAUUCAAUUUGUAAUGCAGUGAACCCCGGUUUCUGCUCGAAUCAUGAUGUCUGCGAAUCAAGCAAAGCGAUGGAGCUGAGUAGACAUGGGAUUGGCAUGUUGAUAGGUGCCCCUUUGAAAUCAUCCCUUCAUAGGUAUUGGAUGAAUUUUAUGAUGAUGGCUUUGGGAAGCGAGAGGCGCAGGUUUGAGUCUGGAUCCUCGUUUUGAAUUUGUGGGAUGUUGACGGUUCGAUGAAGAUAUAAAGACGAUGACCUCAAAGUAUGGGGGAUUUGCUUUAUCAUUAUUUUCAUCUCGUUCCUUAUCUAUCUCUCAUCUAUCUAUCAUUGAUUGAUUGAUUUCUUGUUUAUACGCAAUCAUUUGUUGCCGGUCGACCUUAUUAAAUCAUCCCCAUCAUCAAACGGUCCUCUGCAUUUUUUAUCGCUCAAUACCUCAAUAAACAUACCCACUAGCAAUCAUGCAGUCCACACUCGUAACUAUUCUUUCUUUCGUCGCCAUUGCGAUUGCCACACCUAUUCAACUCGCAGCACGCGCAGUAGAUGCAUCGACUGCCUCAAUGACAGAUGCUCAGGGAAAUGUCGUUAGCUUCGACUCUGCCACUGUUAAUCAAGCUGCCAAGAACUCUGGCAUGUAAAUCAGUUGCAUGUCUGGGUUUCACAGCUUCCCAUCUCAAUCUAUAGAUAAACGGAGUUUGAACUCAAUCAACUUUUGAAGGCGAUGCGUAAUGAAUCGGAGAUGGUCGAGAUAUCGUGGUGUAUUGCUUAGCCGUUGUCAGCUUGGUCUUGGAGAAACUUAUGAGGCUUAGAUUGUAUUGCAUUGGUGUUUUUUUUGAUGGCGCUUGUUCAUUGAAUCGGGUUGGAUUGGUAUCGUUGGAGUAGGAUAGGAUAGGAGUAGAUCUUAUUGAUGGUCAAAUGUGUACUUUAUCACUGGUUUUAAUUGCAUAUCUUUAUCAAAAAUCACUUUUCUUAUAAGGGGCCAUCAGUAUCUCCCUUGUAAGAGGAAUGACCAGUACAUGCCUCAUUCAUCGAGGAUUUUUCUGACUCGUAAGGCUACCUUCAUCAGCUGUAGUUUGGCUGAUAUUGAUUGUACCACAUCGACAACAUCUCAAUCAUUUCUUUCCAAUUUCCAAUCCAAGCUCAGAUAUCACCAUAAUCUUUGUCCGAAGAUAAGCAAAACAUGAAUUAUU